CUCCGCAAACAGAAGUGAGACUCCGCAACCGAGAAUCACAGAGAGAGAGAGAGAGAGAGACUUUUGCUCACAGACACAAACGACGACGCGUACCGUACCUGUCAGGGAGAGAGAGAGAGAGCAACGUCAUCUUUCCUUGGAGAGGUUUACUUUCGGUUUAACUCGGCUGGACUGUCCUAGGGAGCGUCGCCCCCUCCCCAUCCCCCUCCCGAUGGAAGGCGUGGUCCAACAGCCCCUGAGCCCACCGAUGACGUCGUCAGUGCCCCUGGCACCUCCUUCCAUAGAGCCUCCGGAUCCUGCUCCAACUACUAAGUCGAACCAAGUGGGCACGGUCAUCCUGUACGGAGUGCCAAUCGUCUCCCUCAACAUCGACAACUGCGAAAGGCUCUGCCUGGCACAGAUCUCCAACACUUUGCUCAAGGAGUUCAGCUACAAUGAGAUUCACAACCGUCGGGUGGCCCUGGGCAUCACCUGCGUCCAGUGCACGCCCGUGCAGCUCGAGAUCCUCCGACGGGCGGGCGCCAUGCCCAUCUCCUCCAGAAGGUGCGGUAUGAUAACCAAACGGGAGGCGGAGAGGCUGUGCAAAUCCUUCCUGGGGGACAACUCCCCCCCGAAGCUGCCCGAAAAUUUCGCCUUCGACGUCAUGCAUGAGUGCAACUGGGGCUGCCGGGGAUCCUUCGUUCCUUCCAGGUACAACUCCUCCCGCGCCAAGUGCAUCAAGUGUGUCUACUGCGCCAUGUUCUUCAGCCCCAACAAGUUCGUGUUCCACUCGCACCGUCUGGCCGACAGCAAAUACGUCCAGCCCGACGCCGCCAACUUCAACUCCUGGCGACGCCACAUCAGGCUGGCAGGGGACCCGCCCAUCGAUGUCAUUCACGCCUGGGAGGACGUCAAGGCCAUGUUCAACGGAGGCACCAGGAAGAGGCUGAUGGCCGCCGGGUCUCAGCAAGGACCCGGCUCCCGCCUGAGCAAGUCCCCACGCCUGGAAGCGCCCCUGGCCAAACCGCCCACCGCCAUCACGCGCCCCUCGCUGAAGACCAUGGGCGGAGACCUCCCUUACCCCCCGCCCUAUUUAGCGCCCCUGCCCGCCCCGUACCCCGCCCACCACAAGGACGCCCGCCAGACCUUCGUCGACUACCUCUGGGGCUCCCGAAGCGCGCUGCCGCCCCUGGGGCUGCCGUACCCCUUGGCAGCGGCGUGGCCCAGGAGACCUCUGCCAAGCUUCCCCCCCUUGCCCCUACCCGACCCGCGGUCGGACGCCGCUGCGGACGUCCGAAUCGCGGAUAUGGAGGCGGCCGCAACCGCCCUUCGCCCGGCGGCGCACUUCUCCGCCUUCACGCCCGUAACGAGGGCGGCGGCGGCGGCGUCCCCGCCGCCGCCGCCCCUGGGGAGCUCGGAGGGAGGGGACUCGGGCGCUCAGCUGCCGGAUUCGAGCCGGCACUCGGACGACGAGACCAUAGACAUCGAGGUGACGGAGGAGGAGCAGCAUCAGCGGCAUCACAGCAGCAGCAGCAGCAAGGGCGUCUCAGAGGCCUACAGUUCCUGCAGCAGUAGCAGCAGCAGUAGCAGUAGCAGUGGCGGCAAGGGCAAAGGUAGCAGCAAGGACAACAGCAGCAGCUUCAGCCUGCAGGACCUGAAGCACGACAUCUACAAGAGCGAGGGGGCCGUGGCCGAGUCGCUGAAGCCGCCCGACGACUUCGGCAUCACCACCACCAAGCGCGGCCUCGAUCUCAGCCCGCAGGCGAGCGACGCUGGGGGCGGCUGCUACAAAGUCCUCGGCGGCGACUACAAGAAGGACGACGACCUGUCGGAUGAGGCCGCCGCCCACAGCAGCGACGCGGGCGGCGGCGGCGGUGGAGGCGGAGGCGGAGGAGGAGGCGGAAGCGAAGGCGGUGACUGCGAGAGCAGCACCGCCCCCCGGGACGACCCCAGAGACCUCCUCCUCCUCAGCAGAGAUCUGAGAGACCACCACAGCAGCAGCAGCAGAGCCGCCCACGGUCUCAUCGGCGGCGACCACCACCACCACCACCACCACCACGCCCUCGGCAGACACGCCCGCGCCGCCUGCAGCAGCCCGACUUCGAACACUUCCAACGACGUGGGUGUAGACAUAUCGCGGGCGGCGAUUGACGUGCAGCCAUCGACGAGCGAUUCCCCAAUUUCGGCUUCGUCAGCAGCAGCAGCAGCAGCCUCCAGUGGUGGGGGGGCCGGGGAAGAGGACCCCCGCCUGAGGCUCUUCCUCCUGCGGGAGGUGGAGGCCCGCCGGAGGGUCGAGCAGGAGAUGGCGAGGCUGAAGUACACCUACACGUCGCAUCUCCACCACAGUCUCCACCAUAGUCUCCACCACAGUCUCCACACGGCUCUGCAACCUCCCCACCACGUCCCCGCGAAAGGGCCAACUGCUCUCAUCUUUCUGAGAUAUACAAGUGCUUUAUAA